AUGGCUUCCUCAGUAGCAAGCUUUUGCGUCUUGUCGAAACUGUUGGCGUGGACUCAUUGCGAGCCUCCCGUUGUUCCCUGCGCGUACCUCGUACGGCACACCAAAACCCCUUGCAGUAAGAAAAUCACUCGAAAGAAUUGUGCUGCGGCAAGUUUGCUCUUUGCCAAUCUGCUCGACAUCCUCGCUGAGGUUUCUGACGUCCCCGGCGACACAAAUCUACUGUCCGAUGUUCUUGACGGGCUUGCAAAGGUUGUUAUUUGUGGUAACCAUUCACGCUACUCUGGUCAAGCCAGAGAUCAAUGGCUCAGGGAGCUUGGUGACAAGGAGGUGGCACUUCAUAUUUCAUCCACAUUGAAGGAGGUGUGUGAUGUUGGAACAGAGACGUAUACUGAGGAGGAUUCCGAGGAGGAUUCUGGGGAGGACCAUUCUGAGGAGGAUCAUUCUGAGGACGAUCAUUCUGAGGAGGACCAUUCCGUCCUUUCCACUCAAUCAUCGUCGAUACUUUUCAUACGCCACAAGGCUGAGGUACCCGAGUCCGUGGUGGCCAACAAAGUCACGAAGCUUCUAAAGCGUCCGCUUGGGGUCCGGAGCAUUUUGGCUGGGUACAUCUACAUCUUCUCGACCAAUACGCCGGAAAUGCUUAAAAUUGGAUACUCGAAGUAUCCUCCCGAGCUACAACGUCUUCGAGCCCACAAAGGUUGUUACCCUGUAGUCGAUCAGAUUAUGGCGAAGUGCAUACCCCACGCCUAUCGCGUGGAGCAGCUAGUCCUGGCAGAGUUCCGAAACGUGCGCUACAAACUGGCAGAGAAUUGUCAAAAAUGCGUUUCCUCUCACGGGGAAUGGCUUAAGAUUAACCGAGAAACACUCUUGGUGUCUGUACACAAGUGGAUUAAGUUUGUCAAAGCCCAUCCAUAUAGCCCAAAAGGGAAGCUGUACAAAGAGGUCGUGUUACCCCUUCCUGAUGUGAGCCGCGACCCCCGCGGGGAUACAAACUCGACUCCUACGAAAGGGCAAAGGCAGUCUUCACAGCUUGGACCAUCGAUUUCUCGCCUCAACUCCUUAAUAUCAACCGCCAAGUACUCGGAUUCUGAUGAAAUCGAAGCGGCUACUGAUGAGGACGAGUCGGAUUCGGAGAAUUCCAAAUCGACAUCCCAUAAAAAGUUCCAAGACUCAAUCGCCUUGGUGUCUGCACAGUUCGAACAAUUGAAAGUUGCGAAGUCGAAAGUCCGGAAAAUGCCGAAAGAUGUGUGA